AUGAGUUAUUAUGACGACGAUGAUAAUACACUAGAGGAAAUUAAAAAACUUCAAGAGGCAAGAAAGAAAGGUGUGUCAUUAUAUGACGAUGACGAUGAUGAUAUAAACAAUAAUAAUAAAAAUAAUAAAUAUGACAGUUCAAUAUCAACUUCAAGCUCUAAAAAAUCUUCAUCAAAGAAACGUUCACACGAGGAUGAAUAUGAUAGACACCAAAGAGAAAGUAUUAAAAAAGAAUUUGAUUCAUAUUCUGCACCAUCACAUAUUUUAGAUACACUACCAGUAGACGAUGAUUACGAUCCAUUAAAAAAAUAUAGAGCACCAACAGUAGCAGAGCAAGAAACCGAAUAUAGAUCAAGAUGGAGAAAGAGAGAUCUUUCACCUCCAAGGGAUUAUGACCCAUUUACAAAUAAAGGUGGAGUUAAAGGACGUUCAUUUAAAGAGAUCAUGAUGGAGACUCAAUUAGCAAGAGAGGAAAAAGAGAUUAUGAUGAAGAUUGAAAAAAAGAAAAAAGAUGAAGAGGAAUUAGCAAAACAAAAGAAAAGAACAGAAGAGUAUGAAAAUAAAAAGAAGCUUAAAAAAGGCGACGACAACGAUAGUAAUGGUAGUAGCAGUGGAAAUAGCAGUAGUAAAAAUAGUAAAACUCGUGGCGAUGUUACACCUACAUACCCAGUUUCAUCUUCAUCCUCUUCUAGCAAGUGGUAUUAUAAAGUUUAUAAAAAUGGGGAUUUAAUUGAAAACUCAAGGGAUAUUAAAGAGAACGAAAUUUUAACAUUUGGAAGGGAUUCAUCAAGGAAUAGAAUAGUUUUGGAACAUCCUAGCUGCAGCUCAACACAUGCGUCCAUUUCAUUGGCACCCGAUGCCAGAAGGCCAGUAUUAUUAGAUUUAAAAAGUACAAAUCAAACAUUUUUAAAUGGUAAAGAAAUUAAACCGCAUCAACCAGAAGAUUUAUAUGAUGGUGAUAAAAUUCAGUUUGGUGCCAGUACAAGAGAAUAUAUUAUUUACAAAAGAAAAUAA